AUGUCGCUCGUACAUUAUCCUGACGCGAACGUUUGUGGCAGCACGUCAGAAAUUCAUCCACUGGAAAUUACGUUUAACGAAAACCGUCAAGACUUGUGGAGCAUUAAAACAUCCUCUUCGCGACCGCCAAUUCUUUCCAAAUCGUCAGUCUGUCUUUUUCCACCUCAAUCAACCAAUGACAUCUCUUCAAUCAUCGGCAUCUCCCAAACACUUUUUCGUAUCGAUGAUGAUUACAAUGCCAGGGUCCGUCUGACAGAUGAGCAAAAGGAGGCCAAAAAACAGCAGUUCUUUUCCAUGAGAAAAGUCGAAGGCUCGUGGCAUGCUUGA